AUGGUCCUCGACGACGCCUCUCCACAGGCGUACUAUACGUCCUCUCAGCAGGAUGACCAGAAUGUCGCCCCAACCAACGCCAACUCCUCCAUAACCCAAUACCAAAUCAAACCCGAAGCAAUCGUCUCACCCGACCUCUUCACCCUCUACUUCGGUUUCGCCGGCAAAUGGAACUGGCAACGCAACCUGGUCAACACGCUCGCAGCCCGCGUGGAGAAUGCCCGCGUGCUAGUUCAACGCCCGCCCACUCAGGACGAAAUGGACGCCUUUGUCACGCACAGUAGUCGCAGUUUAUACCAUGGACGGAUUGGAGCGCCGCUUGCUAGUGGGCUUGCGAUGGCCAGGAUGUAUAGCCAGGCGCGGAAGACGGACUAUUACAAGGCGAUGGUGCCUGGUGCAGAGGAGGGAAAAUUGCCUAGUGCAAAACAAUUGGCGCAAGGUGUUACGAGGUUUGCGAAGGCGGAUCCUGCGGCGUUUCGGUCGGUGGCGGCGGCUUCGGUGUUUAAGUUGUUCUUUUGGACGCUGACGGGGGCGACUAUGUCGAGUAUUUAUGCGGUUUAUAAUGAUACCAUUGCGACAAUGUCGGAUCCGAGGUUGACGAAUUUCGUGAGGGAGGUGAAGCAGCAGAAACCAGAGGAGGUGCGAAAGCGGAAAAUAGACGCUGCGCAGGACAGGUAUCGGCAGAACCAGCAACAGAUGACGUCGCAACCACGAGAACCGCAGCAACCGAGUGAGAUGGUGCCCGACCAAGCGAGCGGUGGGACUACAGAGAGCCACGAACAGCAGGAUUAUAGCGCAAUGUACGGUAACAACACUGAGCCUACGACUUCUUCCCGUUCCUACGAUCGUCCGACCACGGCGGUGUCGACCAGCAGUAGCUGGUUCGGUGGAAGGAAAGAGCAAGACUCUGUAUCCGACUUCUUUGACGAUGCUAGUCCCACGGCACCCGAAUACCAAUAUCCCCGCAACAAUACUACAGCCUCUCAACCUUCUCCACCCGUAUUCCAGCGUGGUGCAUGGGAGCGGAUUCGUCAACAGAAUACCAACGGGGUAUCCAACUCCCAAGGCCAAGAAUACUACCGCGGGCAGUCUAGGGAGUGGAAUACACAAGGCCAGAGAAAUAGCGGCAGCGGUCAGGACACGGAAAGACAGCGGGAAAAAGAACAGGCACGUGCUGAUUUUGAGCGGAUGCUAGACGCUGAGCGGAACAUGUCGAGUGACGAUUCGGGAAAUGGCAAGAAUAAGGGUUGGGAGCGAUGGAGUUGA